AUGUCUCAUCGAGCAGAUGACACCAGAAAACAUCGCAAAUCGCGUUCAGUCAAGAAGGAUCAUCAAUAUCCAUUCGUUUCUUUUGAUGGGGAACAGUCAUUCGACAUUCCGGCUGACGAAGGAAAGAGUCCGGUGCGUACUCGUAUGUCUCUUGCUUCUAAUCCAGACGCCGUGAAGUAUUUGGACGAGAUUGCACUUCUGAAGGCACGUCGUAUUGACAAGGAUGCUCCGAGACAUCCGUACGAUCGUCGUGGACAACCAGCACCACCAGUUGCUGAAUCUUUUCUUUCAACAUCUGCAUCUCUUCCACCAAUUAGUCCAAACGCUAUGACUUUUAUGGGUGGACCUCCAGAAUCUGAGAAGACUUACAAACUCGGAAAAGACGGAACUCUCAAAGUGUCGCAAUUGCCGGAUGGAGGAGAAAGAUUCGAAGUUGCAAGUGGCAAACAAUACUGUGUGUUCCAACAAAGCGCUGGACAAACUUGUCUCUGCAGUUACAGUGAUUAA